UCAGAAGGCAUUUUUUUUCCGGGCGCUCUCGGUCCCGGUCUAGAGUCGUGCGACGUGAGGCGACUCGCGGACUCGAGAGGAUCACCAAGCGGCCGUCCGCGCUCCGCUCGCCGCGAGGACCUUCAAGGCGGGAGGCGGCAGAACCUCCCGGCUCCCUUCCGACAUGGACUCCGCGCGUUCCUGACGCGACCCAGCGACGAGGCAGUAGAACGUCAGCGAGCACUUUUUGGACUUGUUUCUCCCACUCGUUUCAAGUUUACAACACUUGAAAUUAGGGACGAUGGUGAAUCCCGGAGGAAACGGGCAGCAGCAGCAGCCGCCGCCGUCGAUGUCCGCCGGCCCGCUGCCGUGGAAGCGUUGCGCCGGCUGCGGCGGCAAAAUUGCCGACCGCUUCCUCCUGUACGCCAUGGACGGCUACUGGCACAGCCGCUGCCUCAAGUGCUCGUGCUGCCAGGCGCAGCUGGGCGAGAUCGGCACGUCGUGCUACACCAAGAGCGGCAUGAUCCUCUGCCGGAACGACUACAUCAGAUUAUUUGGCAACAGCGGCGCCUGCAGCGCGUGCGGUCAGUCCAUACCCGCCAGCGAGCUGGUGAUGAGGGCGCAGGGCAACGUCUACCAUCUCAAGUGUUUCAUUUGCUCCACCUGCCGGAACCGCCUGGUGCCGGGCGACCGCUUCCACUACGUCAACGGCAGCCUGUUCUGCGAGCACGACCGACCCGCGGCGCUCAUCAACGGGCACUUGAGCUCGCUGCAGACCAACCCGCUACUGCCGGACCAGAAGGUGUGUUAAAUGGACGCCACGCGGGGGAAGCAGCGACGUGUGCCUUCAUUUGAGCCCCUCACUCAUCCUCACCACAGACAUUUUGUGGACCUUCUUUCCGAACCUGGACGGGAUAACUUGCACUUACCGAGGCGGGACAACUAAACAAGGAAGACUCUCCAGGAAGAGAUUCUGACUCUUCUUUAUUUUUUUUUUUGUUGUUUUCCCACAUUUCAACGGAGUCAUGUUUUCUAUCGAAGCAACAUGAUAUCAUUUUGAUGUUGUGGCCCGAUUGUGAGUUAUUAUUUUUUUUUCUUAUCUGGUGUGUGAAAUGAUGGCCACGCAAAGACACUUUGUGUAUUUGUACGUACUUUAUGCAUGUUAAUGUCGUGGUCCCAGCGCCUUCCUCCCUUCCGCACCUGACACAAAAAAAAAAAAAAAAACAACCUGAACCAACGCUCCCAGUCAGUCAUUCAGUGGUGUAGUCUCCCGACAUUUAAAUGCCCGACAAGAGAGAUGAAUUUAUUUGUGAUAUUUUCCGAGACAGUUGCUCCUCAAUGGUGUAUUUAAUUAAUAAAAAAAAAAUUAUAUGGCCAGUUUA